AUGGGCGACGCCAAGAAGGACCCCAUCUCCUGCGCGUUGUCGAUCAUGCGCCGCAUGCCCCCGAACAAGAUCGAGCACAACCUGAGCGGGUUGCUGAACCUCGUGCCCGAGCACACGGACGAGCUGCUCCAGCGCGUGGACCAGCCCCUCGAGGAGGCGACCUGCGCCGAGAGCGGGCGCAAGUACCUGCUCUGCGACUACAACCGCGACGGCGACUCGUACCGGAGCCCGUGGUCGAACGCGUACGAGCCGCCGCUCGACGACGGCUUCGUGCCGUCGGCGAAGCUGCGGGCCCUCGAGGUCGAGGCCAACGCGCUCUUCGACGCCUACCGCGAGCUCUACUUCGAGGGGGGCACGUCCUCCGUCUACCUCUGGGACCUCGACGGCGGCUUCGCCGGCUGCUUCCUCAUCAAAAAGGGCGUCUCGGGCCACGAGUUCGUGUCCACGGGCGCGUGGGACUCGAUCCACGUCGUCGAGGUCGCCGAGGCCGGCGACGGCAGGGCGACCUACAAGCUCACGACGACGGUCAUGCUCUCCAUGGACGUCCACAAGCCCGCCGUCGGCGACUCGAACCUGUCCGGGUCGCUCACGCGCAUGGCCGAGAAGGCCUGCGCCGUCGACGAGGCCCACCCCCACGUCGCCAACAUCGGUUCCAUGAUCGAGGACAUGGAGACCGACAUCCGCACCUACCUCGACUCCCUCUACAUCCAGAAGACGCGCGAGGUCGUCUCGUCCAUCCGCAAGCUCCACAAGGGGCCCACGCAGGACAAGGGCUUCACCAUGAACCUCAACUCCGCCGUCCUCAAGCACGGCAAGAACCGCGCCGUCGACAGCGAGUCCUGA